AUGUCCAUAUCAAUCUCUACUUAUAUUAAUAAGGAUGGUCGCUAUCUAUAUCUAGAGGACUUUGAAGGAAGAAAGUUCAAAAUCAGCCUUCCCCAUUUUGCUUAUAGGGAGUGUAUUGGAGUAAGUUGUGGUUACUUCAUUCUGUUUGGUGGGAAAACUCGUGACUUCUGGCUUGUGAAUCCUAUCACAAGGCAUGGACUUCAUUUCCCUGAUGUCCCUUUUGAAGUCUUUCGUGGUUAUGCAGUUGUCAGGGUUAUCCUCGUUCAUUCACCUCCAAUAUCUGGGUGGGUGUUUCUUGUAUUAAAUAAAAAAACGAAUGAAAUAUGGUUUUCUAUAGCGAGUAAACGAGUAUGGACUCUUGUCUCUGCAUCUUUCCUCAUCCAUGAUUUAUAUGCUUUCAAAGGGAAGAUAUAUGUCCUAAACUCCGCUUAUGGUUUAUAUGAAAUGCUACUCUAUCCAAACCCCAAUUUGACUUUACUCAAAACCAAGGACUUUCCAGAGUUAGACGACUCCUCACUUCUAGAGUUUGCAAAUUCCCCUGAAAACCUUUAUGUGAUUAAUCGAAAUUCACAACACCCAUACAAGAUUCAUGAACUAGAUUUUGGCAAAAUGAAAUGGGCGUCACUUGAAAAGAGAACAGAAGAAUAUGCAUUAUUUCUUGGCAACUGGAAACAUCAUGCUGUUGCAAUACCAGAGUCGUGGGUUGGCAUUAGCUCGCAAUACAGGAGAUUGAAAUAUGUCCGCACUAAUAAAGGUGGAAAAAGUAAGCUCUAUUAUGCAAGCAUGUGGUAUUUCUUCCAUGAUUUUUUGGAUGCUAAUCUAAUACAUGAAUGA